CGAUAAUGCAAAUGCUCUCUCUUUUGUGGCUAUCGGUAUAACAGGGCGAAUUGUGCUCAGAUGAGAAGUGAGUCAUCACAUUUGAUUGGUGACACUGACGUCGAGGUAGGUCCUCUGUCGUGGAUCAUGAAAUCAGGGAAUCUUAGACGGAAAGAAUGGAUGGGAAGUGCAACGGCAAACGUCAGCUGUCAGGGAGGUCUCCCUUACGGAGGUGUCCGAUCUCUGCAGAUAUGUAUACCCCGGAGGCUAAGGUUAGAGUGUGCCUUUGCCACCCUCAACUUGCGCUCCUCACAAGUGUUUGUUGAACAGCUACCUCGUCUGGGAUAACACCCUCAGCCGACAUUAGCUGCUACAAGCUCAACGGGUAUCUCUCUGCUAGCUACACAAUGGACUCUACCUCCGUGAGAAGGGUGCGUUUAGCAUGCGACUCAUGCCACAACAUGAAGAUGAAAUGCUCUGGCGGACGGCCUUGUAUGACGUGUACAAGAUAUAGACAUACGUGCAUCUACAGUGCUCCCAACCGUACCGGUCGACCUAAGGGUUCCAAAAACAAGACAGUAACUCCCCUUGCAACAACUGAUUCCUCUUUUUGUGCCGAUGUUUCCAAAGACAGCGGGAUGGCCGAGACAUGGAACUGGGAUUUACCAGGGUCACCUUUACUUGCGAGCGGAAACUUUGAGGUUCCGACAACGACUCGCGCCAACGAGUUCAUCAGACCACCUCUAACGACUCUAUCGGACCAUGACCUUCAUACCAAUUUGUCUUCUAGCGCACCUGCUUCUCUGGCAAGAACCUACUUGCUUGAACCUGGGGACAACUCGUCUUCUGCCGUUCCAAAUAACAUGCAGGCGUUUUCAGGAGAAGAGUAUUCUUCAUUCCCCGCCCCGGGGCCGCCGUACCAGCUACCACAAUCUCAGUCCGCCGCGCCGGGAACAAGGGCCAACGCCAGUAUCCCCUGCCAAAAAUGCAACUGCGUAAGUGUGCAGGCCGACUCUCUGUCGAGCCUUCGAAAGCGGGAAGCCGAACCAUGUCCCAUCGCAUUCCCGAUCGUUCUUGAAGCAACUCAAGAUAUCCAGAUCCGCUGGGGGGGGCUGCUUGGGUGCUCGCUCUGUCGCACGGACGGGGACCACGUCGCACUCUUACUGCUCGCGAUGAGUCUGCGUCUGGUGCUUCGCUGGUUGCAGCUGGCCAUCUACGAUCGUGUGUCAUUAUCCCAAGAGCCUCCCACUCCUACUACACAUACAACGCCUCAGCACUCCCGCCGCUCGAGCCUCCUGGCCAUGGGCGAGGUGCUCUCCCCCAGCUUACACGGAGACAAGAGCCGCUCGGCAAGAUUGUCAGCUAGCGGUCGGGCUCGCCCGAGGUCCAGCAACUUAUCAGUCGAUCGCAUUCGCAUAGGCAAUUACGAGCUGCCCGACGAGGAGCAUAACUUUUUGAUGGACAUGCUCACUAGCCGGACGCUUGCGCGGCUCAGGCAGACCCAGAUUGGCAUCACGACGUACUUCCAACAAUUUCAGGGUGGCGUGAAUUAUUCCAUGACGGGCCAGAAAAAGUCCAUCAGUGUCGUGCUUGACCAUUUGAAACACUCCAUCCAGACGACCGAGCAAUUGGUGCAGAAGGUUGCGCAUUAGGUGUAGAGCCUCGUCCGUCAUCUACGUUAUUCUGCGAAUGCGGUCCAAGUGACCGAAUGCUCUGCUUUUGCACUCAAUCAUUCUCUGUUCGACAUUCUUCUGCUACUGGGCAAUUUCGGGUCUUUUUUACCGCGGCUCACACAAACUUUGGUCCCAAUUUUGAGCGCCAUAGAUAUUGCUUCUUCACAAAUAAAAGUCUCGGUUGUUCAAAUACCCGUGUCUGCUUUACCAUCUUGAUUGAGUGCUGG